AUGCUACCGCAAAUUGAUGCUCCUCGUUCGUCUAAUUCUACUGAUCCAUCAUUAAAUUGGAAUAUGUUAUCGGAAGAUCAUUGGUUGGAAAAUGAGUUAUUUGGUUAUAGUCUCUGUCAACUAGUUUCGGUUAUUGGUGGUAAAUGUGAUAUUCCAAUGCUCACUGGAUUCUUUGGAUCUUACAUUCGUUGGCCACCACGGCCUAUUCAUCAUGUAUCUUUUUUACCUCCGAUUGACGAAGAUCCAAGUAGCCUCGAAUGUGCAAAAAUCAGUCUGCAGAUGACAGAAUCCUCAUUACUUGAUACAAAAAUUCAAUCAAAAACAGUGAUUGUUGCUGACGAAAAGAUUUAUACAAAUUGUUUAAAAGUAAAAGAUAAAGAACAGAUUUUCGAUAACAUAUUUUUAAUGCCCGGUGACUUUCAUGUCAAAAAGAAUUACAUGAUUCUGAUAUGGAAUAUUUUGGAGGGAAGUGGAAUUGAUGAUCUACUGGGACAUUUGUAUCAUGGAGCAAGUUUACGUGCAAUUCUGAACGUUAGCCAUUUUAACAAGUCGUUCAGAUCAAUCAGAUUAUUAUACACGUCCAUUUCAGUCCUACUUUUAGAAGAAUUCAUGCUUUACUUUAAAACAUCAUCCACUUUUGUCACACUAUUUGAUCAAUUGAACGAUAGUUUACAACUUUUGCCGAACUACUUUACGAAAAACGAGGAAAAACAGACUUGGUUUCAAUUACUAUAAGAGAAAAUCUCUUCAUUGAAUUUGUUACUAAUAUUUAAAGCUUGGUGUGAAAAACGUUCUUCAAGUUCAAUUAAAUUUAGAUUCUGGUAUUUUAUUCUUUUUACUGUCUUACAACCACUUAUUAAAUUGUACAUAUCGAUUAGAAGUAACAACUUUGAAAUGCAUAAUGCAGCAAUAUGUGCUAUGGCUCCACUUUUCUUCGCAUUUCGUCGACGAAAUUAUGCACCAUUGACUGCCCGAUAUAUUUUUGAUUUGCAAGU